UGCCUUCAGCCCCGCCCACCUCCAUGCUUAUAUACAGUAAACACACAGUGGAGGCAGCAGUGACUAUCAGCAGCAGCCAUGGACAGAAUGAUCUCCAAGAUGGCCGGUCAGAAAGUGGAGGAGCUUGUGGAGGACACCAUGAGCAAAGUCAUGGGUAAGAAGGAAGGGCAGGAGGAGGAGAAGAAAGGACCGGUGGACCAGGUGAUGUCGUUGGUCGGAGGCGGCGGCGGCGGAGGCGGAGGCGGCGGAGGCGGAGACGGCUUUGGCCUCGAUGACGCCCUCUCGAUGGUCAGCGGGGGCAAUAAGAAGGAAGACAAGAGCAAGGGGAAGGAAGACAAGAGCAAGGGGGGAGGGGCCAACGCAGUGAUGGGGGCCCUCGGCGGCUUCUUUAAGUAGAGACCCGGACCAGCUGCAGACCGUCGAGAAUCACUCUACAUAUUUACCAAUGAUUUGAACAUUUAAAGCACAAUAAAACUUUUGGACUACAUGUUUUGUACGAGCUGCAGAGCCGACGGAGACGUUUGUGUUUUCUUUACUGUGUUUUACCAACGUUGACCUGAACUUUACUGGUGUGUCGCUGCGUGAAAUGAAGAGAUCUCAGUCACCCGGAGACGAGCGGCCCUGUGGGUCACGGAUCCUAUUAAACCGUCAGGAAACAGAGCGGAAGAAGGAAACAGAGACAUUACAAAUAGUAGAGAAAUAGCAGAAAACAGUUGUAUCCACCAAAUGUUGUGUAUCGCUUUUCAGAAGCCUGAAGAAAAUAGUCAAUAGUGAACAAGAAUAGACGAUAGUUCCGAUGCAACAGACAAACAGCAUUGUUGCCUAAAACUAAACGUUUGUUGAUGAUCAGAUGGACGUUGAUUUGUCCGUCGUCGGAAAACGUCCCAGGUCUCCUUGAUCGACCUCUCAUUCAUUCACAUUGCUCGUUUUAUAAAAGUUUCCAUUAAAAUAACAAAAAUGACUGUGUUUA